CCUUCAUUUAGUUACACCUAUUCAUCCCAAAAAUAACAGCAUCACUGGCUAUAUAUGUCUCAUUAAGCAAGAGAGAAAUUGUAACAUUUGAAGCAAAAAUAGUAGAUAGAUGGAGCAAGGGAAUGCUACCCUUGAGCACACUCCAACAUGGGCUAUUUCAAUUGUUUGUAUGUGUUUUAUUCUCAUCUGUUUUAUCUUUGAAGCUGCUCUUCAUUGCCUCACAGAAUUUCUCAGGAAAAGAAGAAGAAAAUCCCUUGUUAUAGCCCUGGAAAAGACUAAAACAGAGAUGAUGACAAUGGGUUUCAUAUCAUUGCUUCUCACAAUAUCGGAAGUACCUAUAUCAAAAAUCUGUGUAACAGAAUCAGUGGCAAACUCCUUUCAUCCUUGCAAAGAUCCAGAACCUGCUCUUUUAUCAGCAACACAAAUUGCGGACCUUUCCAGUGACACCACAGGUGAAUCCUUUUGUCAGGCAAAGGGAAUGGUAUCACUGAUAUCAAGGGAAGGAGUCAUGCAGCUAAAGUUGUUCAUUUCUGCGUUAGCUGUGUUUCAUGUAUUCUACUGUAUAUUAACUAUGUCUCUUGGUAGGGCAAAGAUGAGAAGAUGGAAAGCAUGGGAGGAAGAGACUCAAUCCUUUGAGUAUCAGAUUGCUAAUGAUCCAAGGAGGUUCCGGCUCACCCACCAAACAUCGUUUGGGAGAAGACAUUUGAAAAUGUGGAGUGAUAAUCCUCUCUUGCUUUGGCCAGUAUGUUUCAUUCGUCAGUUUAGUGGCUCAGCCUCGAAAGCUGAUUACUUCACCCUUCGCGAUGGUUUCAUCCGGGCCAAUGUUGCUGAAGGAAGCACAUUCAACUUCCAGAAAUUCCUCGUCAGAGCUUUUGAUGAUGAUUUUAAACAGAUAGUUGGAAUCAGGCUAUGGAUCUGGAUGUUGUGCCUGCUUUUCAUUUUUUUCAGUGCAAAAGAAUUUUACAACUACUACUGGCUUCCAUUCAUUCCCCUACUGAUUGUUCUAGCAGUGGGGACAAAGCUGGAAACUAUAAUAACCAAAAUGUGUGUGGAGAGUUGCAAGAAUAAUUCUGUGAUUCGAGGCACUUUUCCGGUGAAGCCCAGCAAUGAAUAUUUCUGGUUUAAUAAACCUAAAUUGCUGCUCUAUCUGCUGCAGUUUAUCCUAAUCCAGAAUUCCUUUCAACUGGCAUUCUUCACCUGGGCAUGGUAUAAGUAUGGCCCAAGAUCUUGCUUCAAUCAAGAAACAGAAGAUGUUGCCAUUAGGAUCACAACGGGCAUUGGUGUGCAGUUCCUCUGCGGCUAUGUGACUCUACCAAUCUACGCACUCGUCACUCAGAUGGGUUCUGGGAUGAAGAGAGCUGUAUUCACUGAACGUGCAACCAAAGGGCUCAAGAAUUGGCAUUGGAGAGCAAGGAACCGUCUUCACAAUAAUAUAUCCACUAUAACCAGACAGCCAUUAAAUUUUCAGCGUUCUUAUGGCAAUGACACUUCUGUUACUCGUCAAUUAGCAGUCAUGAACUCUCCUAAUCCUGAGACAACAGAAAAUGCAGCAGAGCAUCAUAACCAUACUCAUAAUAUUGCAGCUACCACCUCAAGCACUUCCACACGAGAAAUCACUACAGAGGAAGCUAGUACCUCCAGAGGUACCGAUGACGGUGAGAUCUCCUUUGCGAGCAGUUGGAAAAAAAUGGGAAGUAGCAGGAUUAGUUCAAUAAUGGAAGAACGAAGAAGUAGAUGAUUAGGACUCCAAAGCAUUAGCUGGAGAUUUUCAACUUUCAGUUUGGUCUGUUAAGAGCAAAUAUUCCAAACCCAAUCAACAUUACAGUAGGUUUUGAUAUUUGUAAAGAUGACAACAUGGUUUUACAAAUUAAUGUAAGUCCAUAACUAAAAUCGAAUGUCUGGUUUAAAAUUUUCUCAGAAAA